AUGCCAGGCUCGAGCUCUUCGACCGCGGCACCGAGCAAGCCUCCUCGCACCAUGGGCAAGAUCGCGAUGGUCUUUGCAUGCGGCACUGCGCUUGUGUCUGACGGCUACGUCAACUCGGCAGCGGGCACCGUCAAUACGCUCCUCGCACGCAUCUACCCGGACGAGUACGGCAAGAACCACUACAGCGAGUUAUUCUCCGGCAUGGCGUACCUUGGCACGAUCAUCGGCAUGCUCUUUUUCGGCUACUUUGUCGAUCGUUACGGGCGCAAGUACGGCAUGCUCGCUUCCUCGUGCCUCAUGAUCCUCGGUUCGGCCCUGUGCGCCGGCGCCUAUGGUGCGGGCGGAUCGACGCAGGGCAUGUUCGCUGCGCUCAUCGUCUAUCGAUUCAUCGCGGGCCUCGGCAUUGGUGGCGAGUACCCGAGCGGGUCCGUCGCGUCGAGCGAGGCCACAGCCGAGGAGGGCAUCGACGACCGUGUCCGAAACAUGCUCUUUGUCCUCAGCACCAACACCGCGAUCGACGUAGGCUUCGUGGCCGCUGCCGUCGUCCCUUACGUUCUUCUCUUCAUCCUCGGCGAGUCGCACUUGCGGGCCGUCUGGCGCCUUACUUUCGGCCUUGGCAUCGUUCCUGCGCUCCUCAUCCUCCUCUGGCGGCUGCGGAUGCCGAGGGAGCCGACCCGGUUCCGCGAAUCUUGCAUCAAGCGCAACGUCCCGUACAAGCUCGUCAUGAAGCGCUACUGGCGGUCCUUCGUCGGCGUUUCGUGUGCGUGGUUCCUGUAUGACCUUUAUUCGUCAAUCAUCGUCGACCAGGUUACCGGCGGCGACGACUCGCUCAAGACCGUGUUCAAAUGGGGGAUUUGCAUAAACAGCUUCUACCUGCCGGGCACAAUUAUCGGCGCGCUCCUGGUCGACUGGCUCAAGCCCAAGCGCCAGCUCGUCAUCUUCCUGUGCCUCCAAGGUGCCGUCGGCUUGAUCAUGUCAGGCCUCUACGAACGCCUCGUCGCCCACAUCGCCGCGUUCAGCGUCGUGUACGGCAUCUUUCUCAGCCUGGGAGAGAUAUCUGCUGGUAAUUGCCUUGGCCUCCUCGCGUCCAAGACGUGGCCGACGGCGGUGCGCGGUCAACUCUACGGUCUCGCUGCGGCCAUCGGUAAAGUCGGCGCGUACGUUGGCGUGUGGGUCUUCCCCCGGAUCAUCGCGGCAUUCCCGAAGGGUGUCAGCCAGACGCGUGGGCCGUUCUACGUCGGGUCCGGCCUCUGCUUCCUCUCUGCCAUCAUCGUCUUCCUUCUGGUGCCCGAGGUUCAACGAAAUUCGAUGACCCAGAUCGACGUCGACUUUCGCGAAUACCUCGUUGCGUCGGGCUACGACAUCAGCCAGAUGGGCCAGCUCGACGCGAGCGACGACGAGAGGAGCUCGCUCGACCACGACAAGAAGCCGCACCACCGCGUCGAGUCCUUCACGACGACGACCUGAACGGGCUCGCCUGCCCACCGAAUCGAUGUCGGACGGGCGGCAUCUCUCGAGCAGGUCACAUUCGGCGACGCGGCGCUGUUCUCGUCCUCCUCUCCUCGUGACCGACAGCCUCAACGCGCCCCUCCUCGUCUCUCUCCCGUAGUACUGUUGCAUCUUCCUCUUCUGUGUC